AUGGUCAUCGGAGUACCACCAGUAUUUGAGGGGCUCACAAGAGAGCUGGGCAAGAUUGUCGAGCAGCCACUACUUGGUCCCAAGGCCAAGUUUCCCCCAGCUACUUUUGGUUUUGCACGCAAGGAUUUAUCUGGAAGGCGAAAGCCACAAGCCAUAGCACAUCGAGGAUACAAGGCCAAGUUCGCCGAGAAUACUUUAGGCGCCUUCAAGGGUGCAGUUGAAGUCGGAGCCGAUGGCCUAGAAACCGAUUUACACUUGACCAGAGAUGGUGUCGUUGUAUUAUCCCAUGACAAAGAUCUCAAGAGAUGCUUUGGUAGGGAUGAAAAGAUCAUAGACUGUGACUAUGAGUUUAUAAGUAAACUGAGGACAUUGAAAGAGCCACACGAGCCAAUGCCUCGCCUUUCAGAUCUACUCGAGUAUAUGGCACAACCCGGGUUGGAGAACAUCUGGGUAUUACUCGACAUUAAGUUGGACAAUGAUGCAGACGAUGUAAUGCGGCUGAUUGGUGAUACAAUCGGGAGCGUGCCACCCUUGCCAUCACGACCAUGGCAGAGCCGCAUCGUUCUUGGGUGCUGGGCAGCAAAGUACCUUCCGCUGUGUUCACGAUAUCUGCCCGGCUUCCCAGUCUCCCAUAUUGGCUUCUCAACGCUUGUUGCAUCGCAUUUCUUCACAGUCCCGAAUGUCUCUUUCAACAUGGCACACGCUGUCAUGAUGCCGUGGGACAGGCUGUUCAUACGCAAAGCACAAAGUGACGGCCGACCGGUGUAUGCAUGGACAGUGAACAAGGAGUGCCAUAUGCGAUGGGACAUCCGGCAUGGGCUGGAUGGUGUGGUGACAGACGAUCCGAAGUUGUUUGUGCAAGUCCGGGAUUCAUGGCACGAGGGUGUGAAAGACGGCGUGUCGGUAAUGGCAUGGUUAGAUGUGCUGCGGGUUAAUUUCUUUUGUCUGAUCUAUACCUUUUUGUUCCAGUUGAGGUUUGGAUUUCAAGACAAAGAAAUCAUAACAUUACAGGCUGGCCAGUGCGGCAACAGCGUCGGGCAGCAGUUCUGGCAGCAGCUCUGUCAGGAACACGGCAUCAAUAAAGACGGAAACCUCGAGGACUUUGCGACAGAGGGCGGCGACCGCAAAGAUGUCUUCUUCUACCAAUCAGACGAUACGCGUUAUAUUCCACGCGCCAUCUUGCUAGAUCUUGAGCCCAGAGUGCUGCAUUCCAUCCAGGCGAGUCCGUACAAGAACAUCUACAACCCCGAGAACUUUUAUAUCCACAAAGAUGGCACUGGCGCAGGUAACAACUGGGGCAUGGGAUACAGCAUGGGCGAGCAGGUGCAUGAGGAUAUUUUGGAUAUGAUUGAUCGCGAGGCCGACGGCUCAGACUCGCUCGAGGGCUUCAUGAUGCUGCACUCAAUCGCUGGUGGAACUGGCUCUGGUCUCGGAUCAUACAUGCUCGAACGGCUGAAUGAUCGGUUCCCCAAGAAGCUCAUACAAACGUACAGUGUCUUUCCAAACACCCAAGAUGGUGAUAUUGUGGUUCAGCCGUACAACAGUUUGUUGAGUAUGAGGCGCCUGACGCAGAAUGCAGACUCGGUGGUUGUGCUCGAUAAUGGAGCCCUCACUAGGAUCGCUGCCGACCGGUUACACGUCAUGAACCCUUCGUUUGAACAGACAAAUCAGCUCGUGUCCACCGUCAUGUCUGCCAGUACGACGACCCUUCGCUACCCUGGAUACAUGCACAACGACCUGGUCGGUAUUGUCGCAUCGCUCAUCCCCACCCCACGCUGCCACUUUUUGAUGACGUCUUACACACCCUUCUCGGGCGAGAACGUAGAGCAGGCGAAGACCGUUCGUAAGACGACUGUCUUGGACGUCAUGAGGCGCCUGCUACAACCCAAGAACCGCAUGGUCUCAACCAACCCCACCAAGAAGAGCUGCUACAUGUCCAUCCUGAAUAUUAUUCAAGGAGAAGCCGACCCCUCAGAUGUACACAAAUCCCUCAUGCGCAUUCGCGAACGCCGCCUGGCAACAUUUAUCCCAUGGGGCCCAGCAUCAAUCCAAGUCGCACUAACCAAAAAAUCUCCUUACGUAACGUCUUCCCACCGUGUCUCGGGCCUCAUGCUGGCAAACCACACGGGCAUCGCAACACUGUUCAAGCGCAUAGUAGCUCAGUACUCCACCCUCCGCAAACGCAACGCCUUCCUCGAAAGCUACAAGCGCGAAGUACCCUUCAAAGAUGGUCUGGGCGAAUUCGACGAAGCAAAAGAAGUGGUACAGGGCCUCAUUGCAGAGUACGAAGAGGCAGAGGAUGCGGAUUACCUGACCAAGGAGACUGCGCCGACGGACGAGGCAGAGGAUAAGAGAGCGGGCUAG